UCCAUCCAACAGAAUGAGACAGAUCUCUAGUUAAUGAUUUUUCAGAUCUUGUUAAGCAUGGAAUCCAAAACAUUUAGAGCCCUUGUUCUGGGAGGUACUGGAGAAGUAGGGCGGGAACUUGUUAAACAACUGAUCACCCAUCCCGCAUUUACCAGAGUCACAGUGCUUGGCAGACGUGCAUUUGAUGAAAUUCAAUCAGACAAACUGGUUUUUAAACAAGUUGAUUUUGAUAAGCUUCAUGAGUUUGAAGAAGCUUUCACAGACACAGAGGUUGCCUACUGCUGUUUGGGUACUACUCGAGGAAAGGCUGGCAAGGAUGGCUUCAUUAAAGUAGAUCGUGACUAUGUCUUGACUUCUGCUGAAAUCCUGAAGAAGGCCGGGUGCUCACACUUCCAUCUUGUCACAUCUCAUGGGGCAAAUAAGGAUUCAAUGUUUCUCUACCAAAAAAUCAAAGGAGAGGCUGAGGAAGGCGUGGCUGCUUUGAACUUUGACCGAGUCUCCAUUUACCGUCCCGGUCUGCUGCUAUGCGAGCGUCGGGAGAGGAGACUCCUGGAGGGAGUUGCUCAGACUCUGGCAAAGGGUUUUGAUUGGCGCAACCGCAUGAGUGUGCCUGUUGAAACUGUCGCCAAAGCCAUGGUCACGAACACCCUGUGUCCUCCCGAGCGCCCUUCCGAGAACAACGCUCCUUUAAAGGAAAUAAUAACACACGAUGACAUUCUCAGGCUUGGCAUUGAUUAGUUGUAGGCACUGUUUCUUAGGAGAAUAUUUUAUGCCAGAAAAUAAUCAGUUUUAGUCAUUCCUGAAUUUGCAUUCUCAUGGUUGUGCAUGGAAAACUGGAAACUGCAAGUUACUACAUCUCUUUAUAAUCGUGUAUAUCAAUAGAUAUGCUCACGUGUAUGAAUAGCAUUUAUAGACUCUUGUUACUCAUUUAGUUUUUGUUUACGAAUUUUGUAUUAUUCUACUUAUACUAUCAAGUGCACAUAUAAUCGAGUAUAAUCUCUAGUGCAGUCUUCCUCAACCAUAAUCAUUUUUAACUGGGCAUGCACUCAGCACCGCUUUUUUUCUUCUGUGAUAGGUACGUUGACUUAAAGUUUUGUCUUUCAUAUUGGUUAGACUGGCAGCUUGUGUCAGAGCAGAAAAUUCAUCGUUAUACUCGCUCCAUAAUGGUAAAUUUGUUCAGUGUUUAAUAAUGUUCUUUAGUUUGUGUACAAGAUCCGUGCCUUGCUAGUGGUUAAUCUCACUGCAUUGUUGGUGUCGCAGCUAUCUUAUGCUUGAUGUGUUAGUUGAGUGUUAAUGAAAUCUUUGUUGCAUUAGUUCCCAUUUAUGCUGCAUAAAUUAUUAUUUUAUAAGGUGUCGGAAUGAGUUCAUAUAAUUCUUUCGUGAUGGAACUUUGCGCUGUAAAGAUUAUGACGUCGGUUAUACGAGACCUAGGAUUUUGAAAUACCUUCACCAAAAGACAUAAUGUUUGCAAAUUUCUGUUCCAUGUUUCCCAGGAGCUCAAGCAUCACUUACAAUGCGUAGCUCAUCAGAAUUUCUAGUGCCAUCAGUAGCCAACUCUUAGAUCCUAUUUAUUAUUGCUACAUUUAUGUUGAUGCAUAAGGACAAGAUCCUAACUAGCUCUCGUUGCUGACAGCUCAACUUUAUCUCCAUUUUUGCAACAAUUAGUUAAUUGCUCACCUGUAGCAUUACUAGCUGGUUUUAGUAAGUAUAAGCUGAAGGAGAAUAUUCAAUUUUAUAUAGUAACGGAUUUGGUUACAUAUUCCGGUUACAUAUGUAUAUUUUGAUUGGAACUUCUUUUGGUUCGUAUCAGUUGCGAUAUUUUUUUACGUUUUCUUGGAUGAACGCGUCUUUGAUUGAGUUCGUACUACUUUCCUAUAGUCUUGGCUGACACUUGCGACGCUUAAAAGAAUCGGAAGGAAACGUCUAUCUUUCGGUGAUCCAGAUUCUUCCUGGCUUUAAUCUCAGUUUAUUAGUUAAACGCACCUGUCUGACAGGUGCAAGGUGAAAUGCGUUGUGUCCAGGAUAAGAAAAUUAGUUACAAUAUUAGUACCUAUUCAUUGUGAGAACACGAUAACCAUGUUGCUGGACGCCUGCCUAGUUCACCAAAAUUUUGAAAUGGUUGGUCGUAAUUUAAUGAAAAAAAAUGUAUGCUA